CAAAUUCUGACCCAGCUUCCGUUAACGACAACAGUGAUAGACUUUUGGAGACUUGUACAUCAGUACAAUGUGCAUGUUAUUGUGUCUUUUGAGCUGGAUGCUAUAAGUAAAGACCCGGUAAUGCUGUAUUUAUUGUUGUUGUUUUUUCCCCGCAGAAUAUAUGUAGAAAUUGUUUUAAGGGCUACAAUGUUUCAUGCACUCAACACUGUUAGUCAGAGCUCCAGCCAAUCUUACCAUAUUUGAUUUUUUUUUAUAGAAUUCAUAUAGUCAGUUGUUGCUAAUAUUUUUCCGAUAUAUAUUUUUACAAUACAGUGCACAGUCCAAAACUAAACAAUAUACAAUUUUUUUUCAAAAAGUAACAAAAAGUUGAUUACACAAUAGAGCAGUCAAAGCCACUUCUGUAGAAUAAACGGCUAAACAAAAUUGAGUCUAGAACACAUCAAGCUCAAUAGUUAUUAGGUUUAUUCGUCUUUUGCCAACCAGUGAUGUUUUAUUUACACGUGUUUCCAGACUAUUGCCAACUACUUAUCUGACAACAUGGACAGCAGCUUAUUUGUCAUGAACAGAGGUCCGAGCAAAGUUAGCGAAUUGUGGGAGGAGCAGGUUAUCCGUAUCAAAUCACGCAAGAGCCGAUCGGUACGUUAUUCAUUAGAACACUCAAUAUCUUACGCUGGUUUUUGUACACAGUUUAAACACUUUGAUUUCAGCAACAACAAGGGCUGUCACCUUUAUUGACACGGGUAAUCAUCCUAACUUCAAGCAAUGUAUCAGCUCUGUUCAUAAUUUCAUUACAUGAACAGUGCUACGGGUUAUUACAUUAAGUAUUUUGUAAUGCUGGUAGUAUACUAGUAGUAAAAUAUGAAACAAAAUAAACUUAAAUGUAUUAAAACGUUCAAAAUAUAAGUGGAUGUGCAUACCGAGAUUAAAUUAUUACCCUUUCGUUCGUUCACUUUUGAACAGAGAAGCGGAGAACAAGUCUUGACCCAUAUCAAGUGUACAUUUACUGCACUAGACCCAAGUAAACUUUUGACUUUUGUAAAGCACCUCAGGACACUUCUGCCAAAAACAUCGGGUAGAAUUGUGUACACAUGCAGGUAUGUUGAAAUACAGGUAUGAUUAUUGGCUGAUUAUUGAAUUUCAGAUAAAUGUCGUUUUAAUCUUUGAUUAUUUCACUGUUUCAAAACAUGGAAUGUGUAUGGCUCGUUAUUUAAAUUAAAUCUAUCAAUUGCAUACGGAACUGUUUAAAUACAAAUUAUGCAAGGAAUGCACAAAGCUAAACGAAUGACGUCAAAUGCUUUCUUUCUUAUCUUGAGUUCUGAUGUUUUUAUUAAAAUUUAAUAUGAAUAAAUGAUGUGAAAUUAUAAAUUGUCAUGAAAUGCGACAUUCAGAAACAAUGAACAUGUAAUAUUAUCCUAUGUUUUAGCCUUUAGAUUUGUCAUUCAACAUUUACAAAAAACUAUAUCUUUGAACAGGGGCAAUAACGUAUUAAAAAAAAGAUUCGUUGUUGUUCUUCCGUCAAAAUCGACAAGACCUGUUAGUCAUCCGGUUAGGAGUAGGGCUGGGUCACGAUUAGUUCGUAGGUGGCUUGCUAGUCCAAUCCGUCCUCGGAGUAGUCUCUGGCAUCGAAAGCAAGGAACAGUUGAUAUAGUCGGUGGUCGAAGAUUGCUUUUUUCGGGGCUAGCCUGCGUGUCUCAGCUGUGGCUAUCGUAUAAGAUAUAAUCUCACACUGACGCACAUUUCUUGUCUUUCCCAGAAAUGGAGCAGAAUUCAGUGGAUUGGCGUGUGCUUUGAUUUUACUUUUAGACAGACUGGACAAUGACCAGUGCUUGGCCGUUCCAUUGACUGUUGGAGCUUUGAAAUCAAUAAGACCACAAGUCAUUCCAACACUUGUAAGCUGAGUUAAUAAAACCUUAAUAAAUAGCUGGCCAGUCUUUGGGGCUCUAUAUCAACAUAUCAUACGAUUUAAAAACAAAAAAACUAUACCUGACAUAUAAUGACAUCAGAAGAGUGUUUUUAUUUUUUAAUUAUGAAACAAUUUUAGCGAUACUUUUAAAAAACCAAAAAAAAACCUCUUUAACUUUUUCAUUUUUAGUACAAAAGACAUUAACGGUUGUCAGUAUUCACUUUCUGUCUAUGGGACACGUAUUGAUGAUUGUCAUCUAAAUUUAAAUAAUAGAGCUACUGUUACUACCAGUUCUACACAAGUUGAAAUUUGAAGUCCAUCUUCACACUAAGCACUCUAUUUACACAACACAUAAUCCUUGGAACAAUAAGAAUAAUAAUAUCAGCAACAUCACAUGAUUAGCAUUUUCAAAAUUUAUAAUAAAUAUAACCUCACUUCGUAAACAAUGAUUACUUAAACGUAAAAUGCACAUCCAGCUUCUUCAUAGGUCUGCUCUAUCGUCCUCUUUACUUCAGUCCCAUGAAAAUCAAUCGCAAAAAUAAAAUAAAUCCCUAACUUCAUACUUCUCUCAGAUAGCCUUCCUUUAAGUCCCGUGUGCAAAAAUCAAAAGUUCAAACCUGAUUUGUUAGACAUGUUAUAAGAAUAGUUUUUUUUUUUUUCAAUUUCUUCAUUCUCAGGUUUAUUUUAAAGAAUUUCAAGAUUAAUAUUUAACCUAAAGUUUUAAUAUAUAUUUCUAUUUAUAACAAAACAAUGAAUGAUAGUUUUUUAGAAACAUAUGAAUUAAAAAAUAGAUUAAACACUAAAAUCAGUUACAGUGUCUUCCUUUAAAAGCCAAUUUUACAUUUUAAAAUACACACCAUUUGUUCCACAGACGCAGUAUAAAAUACUGUAUCAGAUACUAGACAGAUACAAUGAGACAUCUUCAUCCUACAGUAACUUGGGUGACCACAAA